AUGGGUUUCAGUUUUUCGGUUAAUGUCAGUGAUGUUAAUACAAACGAAAGCACCGUUUCUUGUCAAAAAUUCGAAGUUCUUGAUAUCAUUAAACCACCACCAGUAAAGAAUUUAGCUGUGAUAAAUGGCUCAGAAGCUGGUUGUAUGUCUGUAGACUGGAAUCUCCAACAAAUUCGUACAAAAUAUAUUUGUAAACUGACAACAACAUCUAAGUGUAAAAGAGAUAUGACGAGGAACGUCUUAUACUAUCGUGAACGUCCAACAGACUUUGCACAAAAAAUAUGCAAUCUGCCUCCAUAUGAUAGAAUUGUGCUUAGUGUCACCUGUCGGAUUAUGCCACACGACACAGUAAAGGGCUUCUGGAGCAACCUCUCAACAGUGUCCUUUAGCGUACAAAAAGACGUCCCAUACAACUCUCCAAAUACAACCGAUGGUUUGUAUGAAAUUGGUGGAAGUACAGAAAAAGGCUCACAUUCGUUUAUUUUCUAUUUUAGGCCCUUAAGUGACUGUGACUUACACGAUAGUCCUGACAAUGUCGUUUAUUGCAUUCGAGUAAUUGGAAAUAGAACAUGCAUUCAACAUCCAAAAUUCUACAUAGAAACUGAUAUUCAGCUUAUGAAAAAGACGGAGAUAACAUUCUUAGCCAAGAAUAGCGUUGGUAUAUCGAAGCAAGUCAAACGUUUUUCUGUUUAUACAGAAGACAUAGCUCCGGUACCAUCUGAUCUUAAGAUAGACUUUACACGACGUCAAAAAGAUAUCAUGGUUGUUGCAACCGUGACGACAAAAGAGAAAGCCUUCAAACACAUAUACCAUACCGUGGUUUUAUGUGAACUUGUUGUGGAAUCUUCGUGUAGGGAGCCUUUGAAGUGGUUUAUACUUAAAACUUCAGAAAAGAAUUUAACCACGUUUGUUGGCACUGCUACUGUUCGAUUUGGUUUAAUUACACAUGCAUACAAUGAGACGCAAAAUGAUGUUAUUUCAACAGAGAUCCGAUGGGAAAAUUCGGAACAAAUAAGCCGUGAACAAGGAUCGGAUGGGCGUGUGACCAUUUAUUUAAUUCUUCCCGGGAUUGCUUUCUUGGUGAUUUAUGUCAUAUCCU